AUGGACAUCGACGCCUUCAACAGAUGUUUCCAUGGAGGCGCUUGGUUCCUGCGCGUCCGAAGCAUAUCUGGGGACGAUUUGAAUGUUCAAUUUGCUGCGAGGUACACGCCGGCUCCCGAUGCCGAUCCCAGCUGUUUCCCACCCAGAAACUUCUUCGAAGAGCUGGCAGUCUUGGAGUUGCAGACACGACUUUUCAAUCACAAGGUCAUUGAUGUUCAGAUGCUUCGGGCUACAACAUCGACACAAGCUCGAUGUGUGGUCUUUGCCAACACUUCUCCUCCUGGCCGAACCUUUUUCAACAAUGCUCGUCUCUUGCUCAGCUACAGGGCCACGUGA